CACAGGAAGUUAUUACAAUCCUGUUGCAACCUCUAAAGAUGUCCCCAUUCUGCACAGCACCCCGACGGCCUUUUUUUUUGUUGUUUUUCUUAUGACUUUCCUGUGUUACCCAUUACUUCACACGCUCUGGGUCGUGAAGAAACAACUUUACCAUCGCUGCCCAGAGAAGUCGCUGGGGGUUAGGGAGAGGGAGACGCGGAGAGGAACGUAGAGACCAAAGGGUGCAGUUUCGUAGGAACAGAUUUCGAGACAGCACGGGCUGAAGAUGGCUGAGGUUCCCUCUCAGUCAGAGCCGUCCGCCUCCCACGAACUCAGUGGCGACUUCAAGAAACCACCCCUGCCGGUGCCCCCGUCUGUGCGGGGUAAAGUCCCGGCCACCAGUCCCUCAAACCCUGAGGAAGUGAAGAAGGAAAGGCCUACGGCGCUGCUGGACCCGGAUUCCCGGGAACCCGACGUCCCGCCGCCUGGGCCGGACAGCGGGGAGACUAGUUCCCAGGAGAAACAGCUGUGUUCCCAAACAGCGGGUUCCUCCGCUGGCGGGCCGGCCCGGGCUCCCCCCUACCGAGAGCCGCCAUGGGGCGGCCCGGCCACGGCCUCCUACAGUCUAGAGACUCUGAAAGGCGGCACCAUCCUUGGCACCCGUAGCUUAAAAGGGACGAGUUGCUGCCUUUUCGGGAGGCUGUCUAGCUGCGAUCUGUGCCUGGAGCACCCUUCGGUGUCUCGGUACCACGCCGUGCUGCAGCACAGGGCGUCCGGCCCCGACGGAGAAUGCGAAGGCCAGGCGCCGGGCUUCUACCUCUACGAUCUGGGAAGCACGCAUGGCACUUUUCUCAACAAAACUCGAAUCCCACCCCGGACCUAUUGUCGGGUCCAUGUCGGGCAUGUUCUUCGCUUUGGAGGCAGCACCCGGCUCUUUAUUCUGCAGGGACCAGAGGAGGACAGAGAGGCAGAAUCCGAGUUAACAGUAACGCAGCUGAAGGAUUUGCGCAAGCAGCAGCAAAUGUUGUUAGAGAAGAAGAUGCUAGGAGAAGACUCAGAUGAAGAAGAGCAAAUGGAUACCACUGAAAGGAAGAGAAAUACUAGUAGCCAAGAUGAUGAGAUGGGUUGCACCUGGGGAAUGGGAGAAGAUGCUGUAGAGGAUGAGGCUGAAGAGAACCCCAUUGUCUUAGAGUUUCAGCAGGAAAGGGAGGCCUUUUACAUAAAGGAUCCAAAAAAGGCUCUCCAAGGUUUUUUUGACCGAGAAGGAGAAGAAUUAGAAUAUGAAUUUGAUGAACAGGGGCAUAGUACUUGGCUGUGCAGGGUGAGAUUACCUGUGGAUGAUUCAACUGGGAAACAACUCGUGGCUGAGGCCAUUCACUCAGGAAAGAAAAAAGAAGCAAUGAUCCAGUGCUCCCUGGAAGCUUGUCGGAUCCUUGACACUUUAGGAUUACUGCGGCAGGAAGCAGUAUCUCGGAAAAGGAAAGCCAAAAACUGGGAAGAUGAAGACUUUUAUGAUAGUGAUGAUGACACAUUCCUUGAUCGGACUGGCCUGGUUGAGAAGAAGCGUCUGAACCGAAUGAAGAAGGCUGGGAAGAUUGAUGAGAAGCCAGAGACCUUUGAAUCACUGGUUGCAAAGUUAAAUGAUGCUGAAAGGGAACUCUCUGAAAUUUCUGAGAGGCUAAAAGCCUCAAGCAAAGCUCUAUCAGAGUCACCAUCUCAGGAUUCUUUAGAUGCAUUCAUGUCAGAAAUGAAAUCAGGGAGUGCAUUAGAUGGUGUGUCCCGGAAGAAACUUCACCUGAGAACUUUUGAACUGAGGAAAGAACAACAGAGACUUAAAGGGUUAAUAAAAAUUGUAAAGCCAGCAGAGAUUCCAGAACUAAAAAAGACUGAAAGUCAGACUUCAGAUGCAGAAAACAAAGUGAAAAAGCUUACAUUGCCUCUUUUUGGUGCCAUGAAAGGAGGAAGCAAAUUCAAACUAAAAACUGGAACAGUAGGGAAGUUACCCCCUAAGCGUCCAGAACUCCCUCCAACUCUAAUGAGAAUGAAGGAUGAGCCUGAAGUAGAGGAAGAGGAGGAAGAGGAAGAGGAAGAAAAGAAAGAAAAGGAGGAGCAUGAAAAAAAAAUGCAGGAUGGAAGCAGUAGGCUGCAGCAGGAAAUUGAGCCAGAUGCAGCAGUGCAGGAAACAAGUCCUCCCACAGAUCUCACAUGUUCUAAAGACACAAAAAAACGUGAAAACAUGUCUCAACUCAGCCAGGUGGAACAAAAUAAUCAAGAGAUUAGCAAAACAGCUUCAUCACGCAAGGAACCCUCAGCAUCAAAGAAUGAAUAUGAGAAAAGCAGAGAUGAAUUGAAAAAAAAGAAAGCUUCUGGUCCAGGCAAACUUCUGCCAACACUUUCUUCCAAAUAUCCCGAAGAUGACCCAGACUACUGUGUAUGGGUCCCACCUGAAGGCCAAAGUGGAGAUGGCAGAACCCACCUUAAUGACAAGUAUGGCUAUUGAUUCCUUCAGAAUUCCAAAGGAAGACCUGUGGACCAUGCAACAUGGGAUAUUUGGGAUAAUAUUAUCUAGUUGAAUGGCCAGAGAAGUUCAGAUUAUCGUUUGUAAACUCUGGUGACUGGCCUUUUCUUCUGUACUCUUAGCUUCCAAAAUUUAUCUGCCCAUCAGAGUCUCCUGAAUUUGGCAUUUAUGUUUAUAAGUGUUUGUUUAUGUAUGUAAAAAGGGAACCAUAUAUUUUGGGAAUUAGUAAGUUAAGAGACAUGACCCUAUUAAAGUGAGAAGACAAAGAUGUUCCUAACGUUGAUUUAAGGUCACAGCCUCUUUCAUUAAGACUUAAGCACUAUGCUUUUCCCGGGCAAUAGGUUGUUCUGACAGUUAGGUUGUAGGAUUCACUGAUAAUGCCUCCUCAAAUAUCUGAUGAAAUAUGAGGUUAUGCCAUGGGUGUGACUCUGGCUAUCCCUGUCAUUCUUGGAACUAAAAAUAGAUUCACAGUGGGGGCUUCCUAUUACCUCCAAGUAAUCUUCCCAUCAGGUUUGAGAACAAGGUACUGACUUAUCAGGACAUAGUUAACCAUAGCACCACCUCAUGCACUCCGGCACUAGUCCUGAUUAAAAUGUCCAGUUAGUAAUUUCACCUCUUGUGAAAGGGUACAAAUAGGUCAUAGAUUGAAAAUCUGAUGUGUUCUUCCCAUUGUGGGGCUUCUCACUUCUGUGGAGAGAGGAAUAAAGGUUCCUUCCUCUCUGGAAACAGGAUGAAA